GUUCCAUUCACUCACCAUGAAGCUUAUCGUUAUUGCCUGCUUGGCCGCCGUGGCCGUCGCCGCCCCUCAGUACAGCUAUGGUGCUCCUCGUGCUGCGUCCAGUGAGGAAGUCGAGUUCGUGCCAAUCCUCAAGGACGACCGCGUCCAUGAGGAAGAUGGAACUUACAACUUCGACUUCGAAGCUGCCAACGGCAUCCGCGUCUCCCAGGCUGGAUCCCCCGACGGUGAUGAGGACGCUGUGAUCAAGGCCGGAGAGUAUUCCUACACUGCUCCUGACGGCUCUGAAAUCCAUGUCCGCUUCGUGGCUGACGAGAACGGCUUCCAGCCUCAGGGCGCCCACCUGCCCGUGGCUCCCGCGUUCCCUCACCCAAUCCCUCAGUUCGUGCUCGACCAGAUCGCAAAGGCCGCCGAGGAGGACGCCGCCCGUGCUCGGGGUGAUGACUCCGAUGAAGUCUCCGCCCCUUCAGGCUUCUAUGGUCGCCCCAACUAAACGCUCUUAUUCGAACGAUGUAUUUGACCUAUUUAUUUAUGAUAUACACCUUAUCAUAAUA